ACUGCAGCCGAACCCUGGUCCCUCCUCCACGAUGUGGCUUCUCCUCACUCUCUCCUUCCUGUUGGCAUCCACAGCAGCCCAGGAUGGUGACAAGUUGCUGGAAGGUGACGAGUGUGCACCCCACUCCCAGCCAUGGCAAGUGGCCCUCUACGAGCGUGGACGCUUUAACUGUGGCGCUUCCCUCAUCUCCCCACACUGGGUGCUGUCUGCGGCCCACUGCCAAAGCCGCUUCAUGAGAGUGCGCCUGGGAGAGCACAACCUGCGCAAGCGCGAUGGCCCAGAGCAACUACGGACCGCGUCUCGGGUCAUCCCACACCCGCGCUACGAAGCGCGCAGCCACCGCCACGACAUCAUGUUGCUGCGUCUAGUCCAGCCCGCACGCCUGACCCCCCAGGUGCGCCCCGCGGUGCUACCCACGCGUUGCCCCCACCAGGGGGAGGCCUGUGUGGUGUCUGGCUGGGGCCUGGUGUCCCACAACGAGCCUGGGACCACCGGGAGCCCCCAGUCACAAGUGAGUCUCCCAGAUACGUUGCAUUGUGCCAACAUCAGCAUUAUCUCGGACACAUCUUGUGACAAGAGCUACCCAGGGCGCCUGACGAACACCAUGGUGUGUGCAGGCGCGGAGGGCAGAGGCGCAGAAUCCUGUGAGGGUGACUCUGGGGGACCCCUGGUCUGUGGGGGCAUCCUGCAGGGCAUUGUGUCCUGGGGUGACGUCCCUUGUGACAACACCACCAAGCCUGGUGUCUAUACCAAAGUCUGCCACUACUUGGAGUGGAUCAGGGAAACCAUGAAGAGGAACUGACUAUUCUGGCCUAUCUCCUGUGCCCCUGACUGAGCGGAAGCCCUCAUAGCUGGCCAGCAGCCCCACCUGACAUGGAACAGAACAGAGCCAUCACCCAAGACCCUGUCCAAGGCCCAGAUGUUCGCCAAGGACUUUCCCACCUGAGGACAAAGCUGGCGCUCAAGGUCACCUGUUUAACGCCAAGAUAACAAAGCACUGAUCCAAGAUUCUCUGUAGGAAUUUCUGUGACUUUUUUCUGGGGUCAAAGGGAAACCCAGAGACACUGUACACUGUUCCUUUUCACCCACCACCCCGAUCCCUAGGUGAGGAGAAGCGGCUUGAAGCAGGGCUCCAUUCAUUCAACACACAUGACCACCCGUGUGAUCUUGAACAAGAGGCCCAAUCUCACUUGGCCUUGGUUUCCUCAUCUGUAAAAUGAGACCAUCUUAUUGCUGAUUUCAAAGGGCUGUUGUGAGGAUUAAAUGAGAUGAUUCGUCUGAACUGAUUAAAAUAGUCGGUCACUGAGUAAAUACCCUCAAUCUCUGGAUCCCAGUCAAAGGACCUAACAGACACUAGAUUACCAAGAAUGGCUUUUUCUUUAAGAUUUAGUUCUGGGCCAGGCACGGUGGCUCACACCUGUAAUCCCAGCACUUUGGGAGGCCAAGGCGGGCGGCUCACUUGAGGUCAGGAGUUCAAGACCAGCCUGGCCAACAUGGUGAAACCCCAUCUCUACUAAAAAUACAAAAAAAAAUUUAGCUGGGCAUGGUGGCACACGACUGUAAUCCUAGCUAUUUGGGAGGGUGAUGUGGGAGGAUCGCUUGAACUUAGGAGGCAGGAGUUGCAGGGAGCUGAGACUGCGCCACUGCACUCCAGCCUGGUGACAGAGCAAGACUCCAUCUCAGAAAAAAAAAAAAAGAUUUAGUUCUGGGCUUCCUGGUAGCCAUGGCAAAAAGGCAAAUACUGUCCUUUUCUUAGCCAGGUCCCUGAUAUACAGCAGAGGCUGGAACUCUGAGCUGCUUUGAUUUUACCAAAAAGCCAAGAUAAUGUGUUGGAAGCCUAUGGGUUUACCAUUGAGGCUGCAGGAAUCUAGUUCCUAAUUAUCUUCAGAGACCACAAAAUGUGAUGUUCAAGGUCGCUGAAUGUUGAAGUACAUGAACCUGGCUCGUGAGA